AUGGAGGGCGGGGGCGGGGCGCCGGUUUCGCCUAUUGCGGGCGGCGCGCGGCGGCACAAGGUGCUCGCGCCGUGGCGCUUCCAGAGCGGCUUCGUGCGGCGGGAGAUGAACGCCGGCGUUGUUUCCGAUGGGAAGCGUGGCGGCUUGGAGACGCUCCAGAUGAGCUGUCAGACGGCGACGAGUGACGAGCCCUCCGUCUCCCUGAACGACGGAAGCGGCGUGGAUGGGGAGAGUCCAGCGACCGAUGGGGAAAUCGAGGUUCCGAAUAACAGAGGUGGCGGAGCGGUAGACGGAGAGAAUCGCGGCUUGGGUGGUGUCGACGGCAAUCCGGCUGCCAAAGAGGGCGAUUCACUACCCAAAGAUGGCGAAUUUCCUGUGGACCUUGAGAACGACAUAGUCACAGUAGAUCCCCAUGGGAUGGCCAAACCUAGUGAUCUCCCGGGUUUUCAGAACAAUGGCCCUGCCAAGGAGACCAAUUUGGCAGUGAACAACUCAGAGGGUUUCAUGACCAGUGAGGGCACUGUACCAGGUUGCAGAAAGGGGCGCAAGGCUGUUGUGCCAUGGAGGUUCCAGAUCGGGUACCAGCCCAAGUGGUCACGAGAUUUGUUCUCAGGAAAUAGAUCUAAUGGAGAAGCUGAAGAUCCAACAUCCAAGGUCGGAGAUGGAUCAAGGAAGGCUGCUCCUGCCAUGGCACGCAACCACUCUCGUCUCAAAGGUUCAGCUACUAGUGGACGAUCUUCAGUGAGAAUUCCUAAAGGAACUGGUUCAGCACCAAAGAAGAGGAAAGUUGACAAGGAUGACCAGUAUGAAGCGAUGGCAAAUAACAGAAUUUCCGUGGUCAGAGAAAAUGUAUUGACUACGUUGCGGGAGUUCCGGAUAGUUUACAAGAAGCUCCUGGAGGAAGAACAGAUCAAGUGGAGGGAAAGGGGGCAUGGUCUGAGCCCUGAUCUUGCAGCUUUCAAUAUUUUUAGGGAGAGAUUUUGUGCCAAUUACGAUGACCUGAAGUAUGACGGAAGCAUUCCUGGAGUUCGUAUUGGUGAUGUGUUCAAUUCUGUCAUGGAGCUUUAUACUGUUGGUAUACACCGUGCACAAUCGUUAGCAGUUGAUCACAUCAGAAAGAAGGAUGGGACGUGUCUAGCUGUUAGUGUUGUGUCGUAUGCACAACCUUCUGCUUUUGAUAGUUUGGAUUUCCUGUUAUACGUUGGAUCAGUGACUGACACGUGUGAUCAGGAAAUGGAAGGAACUGACAUGGCACUAAAAGAGAGUAUGGACACUGAUACCCCUGUCCGCGUUAUCCAUGCAGUGAGAAAAACAUCAGGAAGUCAGUAUGUUAGUAUUUUUCAUCUAAGAAGAAUGGCAGAGCAGCAACACAUCGACCUACAAGUUUUGAAAACUAAAAUGCCGGAAUCAUUUGCUGGCACUUUCAUUGUAGACAUGUCUGGAGGUCUUGAGAAGGUUCCUAUUUCUGCUAUUAACUCUAUAUCAAAUGAGUACCUGACAACAUUUCACUACAUUUCACAAAUACAGUAUCCCCUAAAGUACAGGCCAGAUCCUCCAUCAGGUUGUGACUGUGUUGGUGGGUGUUCACUCUCUCAAAAAUGUGCAUGCGCGGUAAAAAAUGGCGGGGGCUUCCAUUUCAACGAUAUUGGUGGACUUACGGAAGGAAAACCUCUUAUUUAUGAGUGUGGAUCAUCAUGCAAGUGCCCUCCUACUUGUCGCAAUAGAGUUAGCCAGCAUGGAAUCAAGUUUCGCCUCCAGGUCUUCAAAACCAAGUCAAUGGGGUGGGGAGUAAGAACUCUUGACUUCAUACCAGAUGGAAGUUUUGUAUGCGAAUACGUAGGAGAGCUAUUGACGGAUGAAGAGGCCCAGGAGAGAAAGAAUGAUGAAUACCUAUUUGCUAUUGGGAAUAGCUAUUAUGAUGCACCUCAUUGGAAGGCCGAGAUCAAGGCUAUUCCCUCUCUUCAGAAUGGCCCUAGUGAAGAUGACGAAACUGUCUUUGCUGUUGAUGCAUUGAACCAGGGCAAUUUCGCAAGGUUCAUCAAUCAUUGUUGCACCCCGAACCUUUUCCCGCAGAAUGUCCUCCAUGACCAUGACAAUAUAAGUAUGCCUCACAUCAUGUUUUUUGCUAGUGAGGAUAUUCCUCCCCUUAAAGAGCUAUCGUAUGAUUACAAUUAUCAAAUAGAUAAGGUUUAUGAUUCUGAUGGUAACAUUAAGAUGAAAGAAUGUUUUUGUGGGUCUAAUGAAUGCAAUGGACGGUUGUAUUAA